GUGACAGAAUGAAACGGAAAUGAGUUCCAUCCCAGUCUUCCGUUUGCCUUAGCCAAUCGUUUCGAUUGACAGAGACACACGAGGCUCAACUGGCCAAUCAGGUUACAUUUCGCUGCAACCACCAUCCAAUCAACGAUACGCCUACUUGCAGGCCCGAAUCCCUCUUCAACCUUCAGUAGUGAUUUUUCUGUAGGGGCACCUUCAACUAGCACUGUCUUUCAGAAUAAAUAUAUUUUCCCACAGACAUCAUGUCCUUUCUGGCUACCAGUAUCUGCAGGCUAGCGCCAAGACUCCUUCAGUCAAAGAAUGCCUCAUGUGUCAUUGUGGCAUCCAGACAUGCCAGCUCAUCAACAAAUUUAAAGGAUGUUCUAUCAGACCUCAUCCCAAAAGAACAAAGUAGGAUCAAGAGCUUCAAACAGCAGUAUGGCAAAACCAACAUUGGAUCGAUCACUGUUGAUAUGGUCUAUGGUGGGAUGAGGGGCAUGAAGGGUCUGGUGUACGAGACCUCAGUGCUGGAUCCUGAUGAGGGCAUCCGCUUCCGUGGCUACAGCAUUCCAGAGUGUCAGCAGCUGUUGCCCAAGGCUCCAGGAGGUCAGGAGCCGCUGCCUGAGGGCCUCUUUUGGCUGCUGGUCACAGGACAGGUCCCAACAGAGGAACAGGUGAGCUGGUUGUCCAAAGAAUGGGCUAAGCGGGCAGCACUCCCCUCCCACGUCGUCACCAUGCUAGAUAACUUCCCUACCAACCUUCACCCAAUGUCCCAGUUCAGCGCCGCAAUCACAGCUCUGAACAGCGAGAGCAGCUUUGCCCGAGCCUACUCCGAGGGCGUCAACAAGGCCAAGUAUUGGGAGUUCAUCUAUGAGGACUCCAUGGACUUAAUUGCCAAGUUGCCAUGUGUUGCUGCUAAGAUCUACCGUAACCUUUACCGUGAGGGCAGCAGCAUUGGAGCUAUUGACUCCAACCAGGACUGGUCCGCUAACUUCGCCAACAUGCUGGGCUACAGCAACUCUGCUGAGUUCACUGAACUUAUGAGGCUCUACCUCACCAUCCACAGUGACCAUGAGGGAGGCAACGUCAGCGCCCACACAAGUCACCUGGUGGGCAGUGCUCUGUCGGACCCUUACCUCUCCUUCAGUGCUGCUCUGAACGGGCUGGCUGGACCUCUGCAUGGGUUGGCCAACCAGGAGGUACUGGUGUGGCUGACGGCCCUGCAGAAGGAGAUGGGAGGGGAGGUGUCUGAUGAGAAGAUGAGGGAUUACAUCUGGAACACACUCAAGUCUGGCAGGGUGGUGCCAGGCUACGGGCAUGCUGUCCUGAGGAAGACUGAUCCCAGGUACCAAUGCCAGCAGGAGUUUGCCUUUAAGCACCUGCCCAAUGACCCCAUGUUCAAGCUGGUGCACCAGCUCUACAAGAUCGUGCCCCCAGUGCUGCUAGAGCAGGGUAAGGCCAAGAACCCCUGGCCCAACGUAGAUGCCCACAGUGGAGUGCUGCUGCAGUAUUAUGGGAUGACAGAGAUGAACUACUACACUGUGUUGUUCGGCGUAUCCCGAGCCCUGGGAGUGCUGGCCCAGCUGAUCUGGAGCCGAGCCCUGGGCUUCCCCCUGGAACGCCCUAAGUCCAUGAGCACGGACGGACUCAUGACCCUGGUGGGGGCCAACAAGUCAGGCUGAAGAGGGAGAGAAGGGAGGAAAUAACAAAUAAAAGCUGACCUCGCCCCCAUCCCCAUGAAAGAGAUUCAAAGAGACAGUACACUUUUUUAAUUUAUUAUUAUUAUUAUUAUUAAUCAAAAAUCCCCAAAAAGGGCGUUUGAUAUUUACAUUGUUUGGUGUGAGACUGUGUUAGGUAUUCAUAGAUAUCCUAUAUUAUAUAUCCCCGCUAUGCCUCCACAUUUGGAAGAUAAAGAGAGAAGAUGCAAAACACGUACUCAUACACUGAGUGUAAAAAAACAUGAACUCCUUCCUAAUAUUAAGUUGCCCUCAGAACAGCCUCAAUUUGUCAGGGCAUGGACUCUACAAGGUGUCGAAAGCGUGCCACAGGGAUGCUGGCCCAUGUUGACUCCAAUGCUUCCCACUGUUGUGUUAAGUUGGCUAGAUGUCCUUUGGGUUGUGGACCAUUCUUGAUACACACAGGAAACUGUUGAGUGAGAAAAAUCCGGCAGUGUUGCAGUUCUUGACACACUCAAACCAGUGCACGCGGUACCUACAACCAUACCCCAUUCAAAGGCACUUAAAUCUUUUGUCUUGGCCAUGCACCCUAUGAUUGGCACGCAUUCACAAUCCAUGUAUCAAUUGUCUCAAGGCUUAAAAAUCCUUUAACUUGUCUCAUCUCCUUCAUCUACAUUGAUUUGAUUGAAGCGAAUUCAACAAGUGACAUCAAUAAGGGAUAAUAGCUUUCACCUGGUCAGUCUGUCAUGGAAAGAGCAUGUGUCCUUAAUGUUUUGUACACUCAGUGUAUAUACAAUUCACCUGCCUAGAGAUUACAGCUAGUUUAAUUUAUGUUCAGUGUUUGCUAACCCCAUGCCUCUCGUAUGGUGGCCAGGCCUGGGUUGCCCAGUCUGUCACUCCACCUCAUUACUACAGAGCUCCCACCUACCUCUGUUCCUGACUCAAGACAAUUACAGCACAGUAGGCUAAUGUGGUCUUGUAACAUCUUAUCAGCUUUCCCCAUGUGCCUGGGAGGACUGGGCCACCAACAGAUUGAAGAUGUGAAGGGGCAUAAAAAGUAGCAUAAAAUCCAAACUCGUAUACUCUGUUUUACUAUUGUUUCAAUUGGAGCAUAUCCGUUUGGUUUCCAGGCUACAUAAACAUAGAAUUAUGUGGGGAGUUACAGACGAAUGCCAAAUGGUCAUCAAUUGAGAUUUAAAUUGUGGUAGUUUGACAUCAAGAUUAACCCCUUUAAAAAGCAAGCAAAAUUAAUAAGGAAGCAAGUUACUUUUAAUUUCGGUCACAUUCUGCUGGUAUUAGUUGCUGAAGCUUUGAUUGUCUGGAAAGCCUGGCCUAAUCUUAAACAGGGAAACAUAGCAUUUUUUUUUGCCGGAAACCCUCACCGCAUUUAUCUAUAGAUUUCCCCCAAUGUCACUCUAACCAUUCUGAUUUCACUCCCAAGAACACUCCUGUAAAGAAAAAGGUCCUUCUCUGUAAAAUUAUCUAACUUCCACGGAAGAUGUUCAAUUUCGCCGAAGAAGGAUGCAAAUCAGGAAAAAAAGGGUACUGCCCCCUUUAAAAAAAAUUAUAUAUAUAUAUAUUCUCGUCUGGCUUGAUUCCCUGACUUCAAUGGAUUUAACCUUGACCACACCUCAAUGAUCAAAAUAACCUUUUGUUUUUUGUCAUUCAAUCGUGUCUUACAUUCUUUCCUUUCAAUUUCUGUCUGGGCAUCUUUUGUAAUGUGGGAUUUGUGUGGGUAGGAUGUAUAUGAUAGAGCUCUGAAUUGAAGCCUGGAGUACCCAAAGGCCUGAUUUAAUAAUAGCAUAGACUUGUCAUCUUUGAAGGAUUGGGAGGACAAGGUCUUCUGAUUUUAGUAUGUACAUGAAUGCAAGCUUGGACAUAAGUGUGCAGUCGGGGGCUAUUUGUCUGAGGUCCUGUCUUAAUUUUGUUUAUAAACUGGGUGGUUCGAGCUCUGAAUGCUGAUCGGCUGACAGCCGUGGUAUAUCACGCGUAUGACAAAACAUUUGUUUUUACUGCUAUUAUUACGUUGGUAUCCAGUUUUAAUAGUAAUAAGGCACCUUGGGGGUUUGUUGUAUAGGCAUUGUGUUGCGCCUAAGAACAGCCCUUAGCUGUAGUAUAGUGGUCAUAUAGCAUACACUAUACUUAAGCAAUAAGGCCUGAGAGGGUAUGUUACUAAUGCCCCAGAAAAGCGCUUCCGUGAUCGAGCUGCUACUUCAAAAUGAGCACUUGUUGGUUUAGAAUCCUUAAUUCUUAGCAAUAUUAAAACCCCUGUUAGAUUUGUCCUUUUUUGGGUGUUGAAUGAUAAACCGCUAAUGUAUAAAGAUAAUAAUUUGUGGUUUUAUUUAUACUUUGUAUAUAGUUAUGUAUAGCUUGAAUGAAUGAGCUAUUUUCAAAAAGUAUUGCUCAGUCAUACAGCUGUGUGAUUCCAACCUCGCUCAUUACGUCUUUCUGUUUUACGUGUCGUUAUGAAAGUUACUCUUGUAAAUAAAUCUAUUGCCCGUUUCAUAUGGGCUUUUUCUGCUGUUUAGGGGGUGUUUGCUUUGACUGUGUUCAAGCUUGCUCUCAGGCAGCAGAUAUUAGUUGCAGGCACAUAGCAGCUUUACCUGUGCUUAUGUUUAUCAACACAACAUACUAUAUAGCAGCUGUAGCACUUCUCACACUGCUUUCUGGAACAACUCAUUCAAUGUCUGUCAGACUUCACUGACGUCAGCCCCCUCAGAUUUCUAUGCCUUGCUAUUCUCGCUUGGCUUCAUGUUUUUCUGUGUUCAUUCUUCUUGGUUUGUCUUGUGGAGUGUGGUUAUUUCUGAUCAUAAGGUCUAAAGACCGUGUGGAACCAGGGGAAGAUCUAUUUAGGUGGGAUUCAGUUGGAGAAAGCUAUAACGGGAUGGGUCAAAUAGGUGAAAGGCGCUUAGAACAAAUGGAAAACCAAUAAAUGUUUUUAUUAACA